AUGCCUGUGGAUCCCUCUCAUAAUCCUUUGACCCGAAGAACCAACAGAAAACUCACCAGCGAUGAGGAGAUUGAUUCUAGAAGGGCACGAGGGGAGAUUUCAUGCGCAGAGUGUCGACGGCUAAAACUUAAAUGUGACAAAAAAUUACCUUGCAGUUCUUGUGUGCGCCGGGGAUGUCCUUCCAUAUGUCCCAAUGGCAGCUUAUCCACCGGACAAGGGACGAGAUUCGUCCUGGCUGAUACUUCACAGUUACAUACGAAAAUAGCUGAUAUGGGGCAACGAAUCCGCCAACUCGAAGACGCAUUAGCUAUUUUCCAGUCAGGCGUAUCUAAUGAGCCUCAUCCUCUUCUGAGAGAAGAAUUGUUAUCCAUUAAAUUUGGUCCGGAGAAAGGACACGUUCCGGAGAAGGAAGCCCCCGUUCGUAAAGAUUCCAUCGAGCCUCCCAUCGAUGCUUUCGGCACUAUGACAAUAGGCGAAAGCGGGGAAGGAAAAUAUUUUGGCCCUUCUGCAGGUUCAGAGGCAGGUGCCGACCUUGAACAACUCGAAACUGGUGUAGAAGACGAGACCUAUAUUCCUAUAUCCCGAGAGAUUGCUCGCCUGUCUGCAUCGUUCCCAUUCGGCGCUCAGGACAACAUCGACAAACCCCUGGAUUUUAUGUUGGAACACCUACCUCCAGAACCACGUGCGUGGUCUCUAUGCGAAACGUACAUGGAGCAGGCUACAUGGGCCUUUCGACCUAUUCGACGAGACGAACUGAUCGACGACAUGCUAUCCCCGGUAUAUAAGGUUGUCAAAGAUAGAAGUCUACUCUCAACAAGCCCAGUAUCAGCCCACAAACUUGCAGCGUUGUAUUUUGUUUUCUCAGCGGGCGCACUUGUUGACCUCACCCUCGAACCAUAUAGUCAAGAGGCAGAAACGUACUAUCAUCUAGGCCGCGCUUGUCUAUCACUCCGCUCUGUGCUUGACUCCCCUGAGAUAUCAACCGUCCAAGCGAUCCUUCUCAUGGCAUUCUACCAUGCUAAUGCGGGGAACAGAUACACCAUGGAUAGUGCUUGGGCGCUGACGUCCCUUGGCGCAAAGCUAGCCCAAGGCUUGGGGCUUCAUCGAGACAGUUCUAGAUGGCAGAUGGAUCCCAAGAUUGUGCAACGCCGACGAGGACUCUUCUGGGAAUUGUUUUCCCAUGAACUCUUUUAUAGUUUUGCUUUGGGUAGGCCCCCGUCUAUUCGUCUCUCAUACGUAGACUGUGAGUUCCCGGAUGAUGAUGAAGCUACCUUGGAUGCUCAGGGCAACACGUUGGUGGGAUUGAUGCGUUGGAAAUAUGAAUUCUCCAAGGAGAUUUUUGCUUCCGUCAUCGAGCUGUCUUUGACUGCGCAAGCCCCUCAAUAUUCAACGAUCCUUGAGCUCGAUAGGAAACUUCGCGAGAAGACGUUUUUCCCUCACUUGAACGCUUUCAUAAGCCCGGAAGAUGAGGAGAUAACCCCCUCAGUAUACAUGAAACGUUGCCUCCUUGGCCAGUAUCGUUCCAUCAGUAAGCAUUACUUCAAUACUUGUUUACUCCAGCUGCUUAUAUUAAACGCCAAAGCCUUAUUAUAUUUGCAUCGAAGUUUUUUCGCUCAAGCGAUGCUCGAUCACCCUGUCAAUCCUUUACAAAGCCCGUACUCUCCUUCAUUCCUUGCUGCCUAUCGAUGCGCUUCUGGUGUUAUAAAGUCCAGUUUGAAUCAUUAUGACAGAUUUCCCGAGUUGUGUGGAAGAUGGUGGGGCAUCUGGACACAUUGUGAGUUAAUGUGGAAACAGAUAAUCGUCGGUUGCAUCGUAACCCGAUCGCCUUCCUCAUCCAUGGCUGCAAGUGCAUUCAUCGAAUUGGGCCUGGCAUGUGAUCUUUUUGAGAAAGGAGCCACACAUUCUCGUCGAGCACGCAGUGGUUUGGCUAUUCUUUACAAAAUGCGCGAAAAGGCCUUCCAGGUAUACUCGCAAUUCCGAUCUGGGAACAUUGCUCCAAACAGAACGCUUUCAGUUGGAAAACCGGAUUACGGAGACGAUGAAUUAGCAUUGUUCGGUGGCCAAACACGAGUACUCGUCAGCAAACUGCUGAGUAAAUACAUGAAAACCAGGAAGCAAUCUCAAUCAUCAUCCUCGUCGGCCCCUGCCUCCUCUGUCUCAAGUCCUUCUUCUGAAGAAUCCAGAGUCACACCUUCAGUAGACCUCAGUCGGGAGGUUCAUCCUUCAUUGGUUGAAUAUCUUGCAAUGUACCCUCCUUCGAAUGCGCCAUCUCGACAUUCUCCCGGCAACGAUGGCUCAGUCAAUAACCUUGCUUCGAACCCCAAUAUCAACCCUGCUUCUUCUACCUCCAUCGAUCAAUCGGCAUACCGAAGCACCUCCAACUCCGUCGAUCAGUCAUCGUAUCAAAGUUGGCACCCCCCUUCUUUGUUUACGCCUCUCGCCCCGGAAACCUUUACAAAUAUCGCCUCUGAAUUUCAACCUUUUACGAGUACCAACCAGUUCGAUCUAAAUCGACAUGCACCACCAGUAGAAACUAAAGCGGGCCCUACAGAUACCUCUUUGGUUGACCUUGGAAUGAUGAUGACAGGAGAAUCUGGAAUAGAUGAGCAGUGGAUGUCAUUCAUGCGUGAUUCUGGUUUCUUGCAAGCGGAUUCUAGUGGUCAUCCAGUAUAUACCACAUCGCCCCCGACAUAUAACAGUAGUGCACCUACUAAUCUAUAUCAGUUAUGA